AUGUUUGACGCAGCCUGCUUAGCUCUUAGGACACUUGUAGUUGGUGACUCCACUGAUCUCCAUUCAAAAAGGUCUAGUCGAGCAGGUACUAGUAGUGACACUCGUCAUAAACGAAGUCUCGACAAAAUGUUAGGUGAUUUAGCAGCUAGCGAAAGUGACGGAGGAGAUAUUAAAAGAGUCUUGGAAAAUAUUUCUGAACAAGGCUGUACACGUGUCCUAUCUGCAUUAGCUGUUAAAGAAACUUCAGUUUCAAAAUUAAGUUACACAAUAGUAGACGCAAUUAUUAAAUUAUUGGAAAUGAAUAUUAUAGAUGGUGAACCUCUACAAUUAAAUGAAAUAACAACAAAUGUUAAUUUUUCUCCAUUUAAUUGGCCACACAAUGAUGAAGAACGUGAUUCACCUCAAGCAUGCAAAGAUUUAGAAUUGGAAUUAGCAAAAUUUGGAGUUAUUUUUGGACGCAAUGGAUAUAAACUAGUUGAUGUACACUUUAAACAACGAAUACCUAAAGGUGGUGCCGAUGCUCUUAUAAUUCCCUACAAAACAGCUGCACAUGGUUGUGCAUUACAAUUACGUGUGGUGUUCGAAUUUAAAUUGCCAGAAAAUAUGGUUUUUGAGAAAUAUCGUGGUGACUACAUCUUAAUGUUUAGGAACAAAUUUCCUACUGAGAAAAAUAUUGUAGGUGAAUUUUACGGUGAAUUAUUAUGUUCCCUUGCAACGUCUCAUCAACCAUGUCUUAUGGUUCUAACUGAUUUACGUACACAAUGCUUUAUCGGUCGAUGUAUUAAUGGAGAUAUUCAUAUAUGGGCAUGUGAUAAUAUGAAUGAAGGAAUGAACUUAAUUUCUAAUUUUGUCGUUAGACAUUGCAAUCCAAGUGAAAGAUAUAAAUGUGAUUUUAACGCUGAUUAUGUUAAUAUCGAUCCAGAUCUAGUUGGAUUAAAAAUAAUAAAAAAAUAUACAUCGGACGAUGGCCAUCCACUAUUAGAACAAUUAGAAUUGAUAAAUGAUAUAGAAAAUCCGGGUGAACGCUUUGGCGAAGCACUUUCAAUAAUUCAGAGUUGGAAUAUGGUUAAUAAAGAAAAUACAACAAACACUUGA